AUGACAACCAUACCGGCAGGAACAACGACGCCAUCUGCGAAGGCAGCUCGUCAGUUGAUUGAGCAGGUUGCCUCAGACUUCAAUUCAAACCUCACCAGAGGUCUGUCUCAGUCGGACAUCUCUUCAUUGCGCUCCAUCUAUGGCUUCAAUGAGUUGGAAAAGGGAGAAGACGAAUCCAUGUUUUCAAAGUUUAUAAAAUCUUUCACGGAGAAUCCUCUUAUUCUCUUACUUCUCGGGUCAGCUGUCGUCUCAUUGGCGAUGGGCCAAUUGGAUGAUGCGCUCAGUAUCACCAUGGCUAUCCUUAUUGUCGUAACCGUGGCAUUUGUGCAGGAAUACAAAUCCGAGCAGUCAUUGGAUGCAUUGAACAAACUUGUACCUCAUUACUGUAAUCUCAUUCGAGAUGGGCAUAUCACAGUUGUUUUGGCAAACGAACUUCUUCCUGGUGAUCUUGUUCAGUUCAGUACUGGUGAUCGGAUACCUGCUGACUGUCGAUUAGUGACAUCUGUUGAACUUGAGAUCGAUGAAUCAAACUUGACUGGUGAAAAUAAAUCGAGAAGAAAGAAUGUAAGAGCUAUCAAUUCCAAUAUGUAUGCUGAGCUUGGUAUAUCCGAGAGAGACAAUAUUGCAUUUAUGGGAACCCUUGUUCGCAACGGCCAUGGAACUGGUAUUGUAGUUGCAACUGGCAAGAGCACUGAAUUUGGGCAUGUAUUUGAGUUAAUGCAAGAGGUGGAGGUCCGUAAGACACCUCUUCAAAUGAGCAUGAAUGAACUUGGAAAACAACUUUCGAUCUUUUCUUUUGGUGUGAUUGCUGUAAUUGUGCUCAUUGGUCUUAUCCAGGGUCGCGGUUGGCUCGAGAUGUUCACAAUCGGAGUGAGUCUUGCCGUGGCUGCCAUUCCUGAAGGUCUUCCAAUUGUGGUUACUGUAACUCUUGCACUGGGCGUGCUUCGCAUGGCAAACAGACGCGCAAUUGUAAAACACUUGCCUUCUGUAGAAACUCUAGGCUCAGUUAAUGUAGUGUGUGCCGACAAGACAGGUACCUUGACACUUAAUCAGAUGACUGUCACAAAGGUCUUUACUGCCGAAAACCAGCAGAUCUUUGAUUAUGAAUAUAAGAAACCCAGUGAUAUGACUGAUGCUCUCCGUCAAACUCUUCGUAUUGGUAACUUGUGCAACAAUGCACAGGUGGGUGAGGACGGAAAAUAUAUUGGUCAGCCUACAGAUAUUGCUCUUUUGGAUGUUGUUCUUCGCUCAGGUCUCAAAGAUGAACGCGACGUCUUUGAACGCAUUGAGGAAAUUCCUUUUAACUCUGACCAAAAAUACAUGAGUGUAACAUGCCGCAAUGAGGGUGAAGACAUUUCUGCUGGAAACUGCAAAUACUUCAAGGGAGCCACAGAAGUGAUUUUGGACAAAUGCACAACCUAUUACAACUCUUCCCAAUCAAGAUCCCCAUUUUCUGCUAAUCUCAAAGACACCGUUUCUCAACAUGUGGCAGCCAUGAGCUCACAUGGACUGCGUGUACUGUGUGUGGCCUUUGGUGAGAAUGAACGUGAACUUUGCUUUACAGGAUUCCUUGCCGUUUAUGAUCCUCCUCGUCCCGGAAUUGCCGAAGCCAUAAAACAGCUUAUGCAGGGUGGUGUCAAGGUGGCUAUGAUCACUGGUGAUUCAGAGGGUACUGCUGUAUCUAUUGCUCGUAAACUUGGAAUUCCUACCAAUACAUCAAGCACCAGCUGCCUGACUGGGCGUGAUAUAGAGGCCAUGUCAGAGCGUCAGCUUCAAGAGGUCAUUCACUCUGUUUCCAUUUUUGCUCGCACAACUCCCAAACACAAAUUGGCUAUUGUCAAGGCAUUCCAAGCAGCAGGAUCUGUAGUAGCCAUGACAGGUGACGGUGUUAACGAUGCACCUGCGCUUAAGAUGGCAGAUAUUGGAAUUUCAAUGGGAAAGAGCGGAACUGACGUUUCUAAAGAAGCUGCUGACAUGAUCCUUGUUGACGACGAUUUCUCGACAAUUUUGCAUGCCAUUGAAGAAGGCAAAUCAAUCUUUUACAACAUUCAAAACUUCCUUACCUUUCAGCUUAGUACAAGUGUCUCUGCACUUUCAUUGAUUACAGUGUGCACACUUUUUGGGCUUGCAACUCCUUUGAACGCAAUGCAAAUUCUGUGGAUUAAUAUCAUCAUGGAUGGUCCCCCUGCUCAAUCCCUUGGUGUCGAACCCGUUGAUCCUGAUAUUAUGAAGAAAUCUCCUCGUGCGCGUAAUGCUAAUAUUUUGACUAAACGCCUUGUUAUCAGAGUCUUGUCAGCCGCUCUCUGUGUGGUUGUUGGAACAUUGUUUGUUUAUGUCUCUGAAAUGAGUGAUGGUGUAACUACCAACAGAGAUGCUACAAUGACAUUCACCACCUUUGUCUUCUUCGAUAUGUUUAAUGCUCUGGCUUGUCGAUCUGAAAAACAAUCUAUCUUUUCUAUUGGGCUGUUUUCUAACAACAUGUUUAACCUCGCUGCUGGAGGUUCUAUUCUCGCCCAGUUGCUGGUUAUUUAUGUACCCUUUUUACAGAGCAUCUUCCAGACUGAGGCACUAUCUAUCUACGAUCUGGCCAAGAUCACCUUGAUAUCUAGCUCUGUGUUUGUCAUUGAUGAGCUGAAAAAGCUAUGGGUUUCCAAAGGACUUAGUUUGAAACGUGACGGAAGAUCUCACGUCAAGUAUCGUCUUGCACGAAAUGAAGAGAUUGAACUUGGUAUAGAUGCUGUUUAAGCAUGAAAAUUUACGAUGUAUAGAUUAUGUUUGUUGUAGUAUAUAUCAAACAAUUAUUAUUAUUAUUUUAUAUAAAAAAAAGGCAGACCUUUUAAA